AUGGUCCCCUCAACCGUUGCCGCUCUCCUUACCGUUUUCGCUACUGGCGCCCUCGCCCACUCUGGCUGUGGUGGUCAUGAAAUAGGCCGACGAAACCUCGGUGGUCGUACCAUCCAGGCUCGAGCCGUGACCGACGAGGCCAGCGCUGCUGAGAGCACCGACGUCGCGACUGAAUGUACCUACUACAGCUACGAGCCUGCCACCUCCGUCACCUCUCAAUUCCCUACCAUCUGGGAGUCUGCUAGCAUCCUGUCCAACGACACUGAAGCUACCGAGCUCUUCUCCAAGAUCAACUCCACCCUCAACGAGAAACUUCCCGAUGACGUCCCCCACGGAACUCCCACUGGUGACUGGACUGGUGUCAACUACGACAGCAGCGACCCCGACUGUUGGUGGACUCACGCCAAGUGUGACACUCCUUCUAGUGACACUGGUUUGGACGCCGAUAUCACUGUUUCGCCCGAGCCAGAGACUUGGGGUUUAGGUUUCGAUGAUGGGCCCAACUGUAGUCACAACGCUUUGUACGACUUGCUCUUGGAGAACGACCAGAAGGCUACCAUGUUCUUCAUCGGUUCCAACGUCCUGGACUGGCCUCUCCAGGCUUUGCGUGCCUACGACGAGGGUCACCAGAUCUGUGUUCACACCUGGUCUCACCAGUACAUGACCGCGCUCUCCAGCGAAGUUGCUUUCGCCGAGCUCUACUACACCCAGAAGGCCAUCAAGGCUAUCCUCGGUGUAACUCCCCAGUGCUGGCGCCCUCCUUUCGGCGAUGUCGACAACCGAAUCCGUAUGAUCGCCAGCAUGCUCAACAUGACCACCAUCGUCUGGUCCGACGACACUGAUGACUGGGCUGCUGGCUCCGACGGUAUCACUGAGGAGGACGUCAACAACAACUACCAGACCGUCAUUGACGCUGCUGGCAAGGGCAACUACUCUACCCACGGCCCCAUCGUCCUCAACCACGAGCUCACCAACUACACCAUGUCUGUCUUUGAGACCUACUACCCCAAGAUCAAGGCCGCGUUCAAAUACGUCGUCCCUAUCUGCACUGCCACCAACACCACUCAGCCGUACGCCGAGACCAACGUUACCUGCCCUACUUUCGAAUCCUACAUUGCUGGUACCACAAACACCAGCAGCAGCACCGUCAACACCGACGGUACCACUGCCGCCAACUCUAGCUCUUCCAGUGAGUCUUCGGGCGCCAGCUCUAGCGCUAGUGCCAGCGGUAGCGACAGCAGCAGCAGCAGUAGUAGUAGUAGCAGCGCUGCUUUCCGUGACGGCGUUUCCGGCAUGGGUGUCGUCUUUGCCGGUCUGGUUGCCGGUGCCGUCUUGCUUUAA